GCAAAGAGUAAAUCAGUGCAACAUACAAUCGAGAAUUGACCGCAUAUCCAGUUAAAUUAUAUCUGCUUGAAUGCAUAGAUUUCCCUUAACAUUAACAUUGCUAAAAUAUGUUCAGCAAUCAAAUCAUAUCAGUCUGAAUGAAAAAGAAAUAAGGAAUAUACAGUGUAGUUUUCUACCUUGAGUGCAGCAGAAGCUAUGCCAAGGGUUUUCGAAAUAUUCUUAGCAACUUUUGAUUUAAUAAAUUGCAUUCCCAACCAGAAUAAUUCCCAAUAGUUAGCUGCACAUUCGUUCUUCUUGUUUGUCUAAACACAUUGUAGACUGAGAUGAGUUUCUGCCAUUCCUGUCUUAUAAUGUUAUUGAUAUAUGUACUACAAUGUAGCUUCUGUUCUGAGCUUGUUGUAGGAGUAGAUAAGUUAGUAAAAUGGACAAAGAAAAUCCAUUCCAGUCAAUGGGUAUUAGAAUCCGAUAUACCAGUGUCCAAAUAUAUUUUAGUGGAUAGUGUAGGAAAUGGGGACUUCAAGACAGUGCAGUCUGCAGUGGAUGUUGUCCCCAUUAAUAAUCUGGAAUGGGUUUACAUUCAAAUCAAUGCAGGACUCUAUCGAGAAAAGGUGGUGAUACCAUACAAUAAACCAUAUAUCAUCUUUCAGGGAGCUGGAAAAGAAAAUACUGUAAUAGCAUGGGGUGAAGCUGCUGAUGCAGACGGUAGUACUGCUGACAGUGCAACUUUCUCAUCCUUUGCAUCUAAUUUUAUAGCCGAGGGUAUGGGUUUCAAGAAUUCAGCUCCUCAAGCACCCCCAGGUGCCAACGGUAAACAAGCAGUGGCUGCAUUGGUAGCAGGUGACAUGGCAGCGUUUUAUCAAUGUGGGUUCUAUGGAGCACAGGAUACGCUCUUUGACUAUCAGGGGAGGCAUUACUUCAAGAACUGUUAUAUUGAAGGAUCAAUUGAUUUUAUCUUUGGCCAUGGCCAAUCUACAUAUAAGCAAUGUGAGCUCUAUGCCAUUGCACAGGGAGACAAUUUACCUGGAGCCAUAAGCGCACAAAAUCGACCCAGUACCCAGGAAGAUAGUGGUUUCAUUUUCAUUGCCUGUAAAAUCAGUGGUAGCGGCCAAGUUUUUCUGGGAAGGGCAUGGGGUGCUUAUUCUCGAGUGAUAUAUGCAUAUACUUACAUGGAAAAUAUAAUCAUGCCCCAAGGAUGGGAUGAUUGGGGUUUGGUUGAAAGGCACAGGAGCGUUGAGUAUGGUCAAUACAAGUGCUAUGGGCCAGGUGCUAACACUACAGAUAGAGUAAAAUGGUCUCGAGAACUUACAGAUCAAGAAGUCCAACCAUUCUUAGACUUAAGUUUCAUUGAUGGAAUAGAAUGGCUUCAUGAAUUUUGAAUGUCUACGCAGUUCAACAGUAAACUUAUUAUGUAGCAAGUAACAUGAUGUUGGGUUCAAUAAUAAUGUCCCUACUCUUGCUACAGCUCUUGGUGGCUCUUGCCUCUCUCUAUGCUUCGAUCAUUAAUUAACAUAAUCAUCACCACAAUUUCUUAUUUAUAAUUUAUGGUGGCGAUUAUACUUGAGAGUUCUGUGACCAUUAUAAUGAGUACAAAAUAAUCUUUCUUGCCAUGCAGAAGGGAACUGGUUAAUGAAGCAAAUCUGUAAAGGUUUUAGCACUCUUAAUGCUUUGAAAAGCUUAUUUAAUUUCAA